GCCUGCCGGCCAGGUGUCCGGUCUCACGGCCGUUGCUCCCCAUGACACUUCUCAAAGCCGAGGAUCGAGCUCCUCCGGCCGGGCCGGCUGUGCCCAUCCCCCUGGGCGACCUGGCCAGCGCGGCUGCCAUGCAGCAUGGCGGCAACUUCACCAUGCCGCUCGGCUCCAUCGAAAAGCAGUGCUUGAUCACCUCGGCCUCGCGCAUCGCCUCCUUCGCGAGCCGGGUGGCGGACGUCGCCCCACCGGGCCCGGGGCCUGGCGACGUGCCCAUGGCCCCGGCCGACAUGCCAGCCGAGGCAACCCUUCGUGCUGAGGCUCUUGCAGCCAUGGUCGGGCUCUACUCCUCGGCCCUGGUGUCGGGGGACACCUCGACCGGGCGUCUGCUCCGGCUGCUGGUCGAUGAUUAUGGCCCCGAGCGCCUCGCGCACAUCCUAUGCCCGAUUGCCGCGCCGAGUGAUGGCCAUGCCCUGAGCCCCGAGGAGGCCGACUUCCAGUUGGAGUCCGUGCGCCUGGUGUAUGCCCUGGUGUAUGCCGCGGCGCCGGCUCUCCUGACGCAGCUGCAGCGCCAGAACAUCAGCUGGUGGUGGCUGCUGGAGCCGGGCAGCCUGGAGGAGGAUCCCGGCCUGGCGACCGGGGGCGAUGCGGCUGCCGGGGCGGCGGAUCUGGCCGCUUGGCUGGCGGAUGCCGGAUCCGGCCGAGCGGCCAGCCCGCGACUGAGCCCGCUGGCCCAGGCGCUGCUCUUCUUCGAUACCGGCCUGGUGGCCCGCGUGGUGGCUCUUUGCGGGCAUUGGUGGCGCCGGCUGGCAGCCGGGCAGGAGGGCCUCACCGAGCCGGGGGCCGAGAUCCUGCUGACGGGGCUGAAAAUUUGGCGGCACUGUUUGAGCGCCCUGCUGCUGUAUCGGUCCGACAUCCUGGCCGGCCGCACGACCGACCAUGCCCCGUGGCUGUUGAGCGAAGACCAGGUGGAUCUGCUCCUGGCGCUGCUGUGCCACCGACAGCACCUCGACCCGGCGGCCCAAAGCGCCGGCAUGUCGCCCACCGAGGUGGCCAUCCUCGGCGAGGCGCUGGCCAUCCUGACCCUGGCGCCGAUGUGCCCGGAGCCGACCAUGCUCAGGAGCAUGGCGCCCGAGCCGGGUGCGGACGAGCGGCCGCCCGCGCGCCUGGGCCGCCGGACGCAGGCUUGGCAGUGCCCGGGGAUCCUGCGCCGAGUGCUCAGUCGCGCGGUGGCCAUCGCCAGCCACCCCUUCUCCGGCUUGGCCGACAGCCUGUCGCACACCCGGCCGGAAGACCUGCCAGGAGACACCUUCCAGACGGCGCCGUUCAGCUCGCUGCAACUGGUGGCCCAUGCGCUGGUGCUCUUGGAAACAUACAUCGCCGUGGGCCAGGACACCGCAUGGCUGAAGAUCGACGACUUCCGCGACAUCCUCGCCUCGCCGCUGGACUUCACGCUGCUUUGCAUGGCACGCGAGCGGCUCUUCAUCGUGGAGACCCUGCUGCUGCAGGAAGUGUGUCGCGUGGUGUCAUUGCGUUUGCUCAUGUGGAUGCUCGACAUGCGACUGUACCCCUUCGACAUGCACCAGGGCCUUUCUCGGCAGCUGGUCAGUUACAUGACCACCUUCCGGCGCAAUGCCGACAUGGCCCGGUCUUCGAAUCUCUCCUGCGUGGCCGAUUCCGGCAACAUCCGGCUGUUGCUGUUUGCGCAUGCGGCGAUCACUUUCCGCUCCAUGUCUCGCUUGGUGGCCGGCACCGACACCGACCGAUCCACCGGUGGGGACAUCCUCCCGGGUGACAUGAGCCCCGACCAUGCCCUCCUGCUUGGGGACUUGGACCCGCCGGUGGGACGCUCGGAUGCCGAGGACGCCCGAGUGGCGCAAAUCGCGGACUUUGACAGCGGCAAGCUGGUCCUCCUGCUGGUGGACCACAUUCGCAUGUGCUACCAAUUUGCCCUGACCGACAUCUCCACGCAGCUGGGAAGCCCCCUUCAUCCGGCCUGCCUGCGCUAUGCCUGCCUCGCCUCCCUUUUCAUGCUGUCCGAGCUCCAGCGCUACCGACUGUCACGGAUUGUGCUCGGGCACCUUAUUCGCCAGACGCCUGCCGGCCCCGCCACCGGCAUCGGGGCCGGCACCGGUGCCAGUACCACUCCCACCGGCGCCGAGGACCGCCUGGCCCCGACCCCGGUCGGUCAACACCUCCUGGCCGGGCUGUAUUACCUGCUCUUCCCGGCGGUGGUGGUCUGCCAUCGGAAUGCCGAGCUGCGCCGGCGCUUUGACGCCGGCGACGAGGCCCUCCACCCGGACCGGUACCACCCCUGGCGCCUGGUUGACUGGCAAAUGGUCACCGCCUGCCUCGAUGUCGUGCGAGUUCUGUCCGGGUCGAGCCUGGUUCUGUGGCUCCUUCGUCGCCAAGUGAGCGCCCUGCCUCUCGGGGCCGCCAUGGCGGACCUGGCUCGGUCGCUGCGCCUGCGCUCGGUGCACUCACUGACUCUUUGGCUGCUCGGCCAGCCGGGCGUGCCGGAACUCACCAAGAUGGUGGCCACCCUGGCCUGCUCCAAUAUCGCGCUCAUGACGCCGUCACAGUCCUUCGAGGCCCUGGCCCAGCAUGACAUCCCGGCCGUGGUCAUCGCCAACAUCAUCCAGGCGCUCAAUGAUCGGGCCGAGGGGCAGGCCGCCAUCACGGGCACCUCGGUCGCCGGGUCGCCUCCCGAGGCCGGGGGCCGGUCCUUGAUGCUGCCGGCCUCGCGGUCGCCGUACCUCAGCCGCCGCCAUGCCGAGCUCCAGACCCGGUCACUGGUCGAGUGCUUUCAGGAGGCCGCCCUUUUCAUGGGGACCUGGUGCUUGCGGAACAUUUGCCAUGGGUCCCGGGGCUUGCAGGCGUCCCCGGGCUCCGGACAGCCAAGUGUCACGGUGCCCACGGCCAAUGUCAACUUUUGGCACUUGACGCAUGGCGGCCCCGGAGGCCAGGCGGCCGCGGCCGGCUCCUCCACGCCCGAAGCCGAGGCUGGACCGGCCCCCUUCAUGGACUUCUCCAUGGAUGCCAUCCUGCAGUACAUUCGAUCUGGCGAGGGGGCGCGACCGGAUCGCCGGACGCGCCUUCGCCGGUUCACCUGGCGCACGGACGGGCCCGGCGACCAAAGCACCCGGGCCGAGGCCGGCAGCCUGCCGGCCGGCCGGCACCAACGGUCGGCCUCGACCCCGGCCGCGCUCGGCGGCCACGGGGACAGCACCACGCCGCCGUCGCCGCCGCCGCCGCCCGUGCCCGGGGCCGUCACCCGGCCCACACGCGGGUCCUUCUAUGGCGAGCUGCUGGCCAUCCUGGCCGCGCGGGUGGACUGGUCGGUGCCCGAUCCCUCGGCCAAGGGAAACAUCCUGACCGCCUGGUGCCCGAGCCUGCCAUGGCAACAGCACCGAGCGUUGGACCAAGCCGCCGGCCGGGGCCCGGAUGCCUUGCCGGCCGACCCGCGCGCGGCCUUGCGCGCCUUCUACCAGCGCGAAAUGCAGGAGUAUGCCGAGCAUCGGACCCCGGCGCCAGGGCCUCGCCCCGGCGCCCCGGACGAUAUGGCCUUCGUCACCCCCGACAUGCUGGCAUCCUACCUGCUGCUGGUGGGGGCCCAUCCCGGCGCGGCCCCCGCCGUCGACCCCUUCGUGCGUGACCCGACCCCGGAAGACUUCCUCCGCCGGGCCGAGGAGUACCACGCGGACAUGGCCAAGGGCGGGGGCGUCCUCGGGGCCGCGGCCGCGGCCGCCCCCCCGCGGCAGCUGCCCUAUGUCCUGGACGAGGAGCCGGGCCCGGCAAGCUGCUUGGAAUUCCUCCGUGCCGAGCUCUUCCCCAGCAUGGCCGCCCGGCUGGAUCUCCUGUCGGGCCGGCUGCUGGCUGACGAUGGCUUCGAGGAGGGCCCCCCGGUCGAACCGCCGGCCGGCCGGCCCACCGUCAGCCUCAAUUUGCUGGAGCGAAUGGUCGGCGAUCCCACCCUGCCGGAGCAGGUUCGUGUCAAUGCGCUGGCCAUUGCCCGCAGCGCCCUGGCCAUGGACGCUUGCAGCGGCGUGUGGAACUUGUCCACGGUCAUCACGCUCCUUGGCGGACCUCGGCGGCUGAUUAACUUGGCCCUCAUCGGUGUGGCUUCCAUGGGGAUUCCCCGCCUGGCCAACGAGGGGCUGUACCUCUUGUCGAACCUGGCCACAGGCCCGGCCGACGUGCAGGCCGCCAUGUUUGAGCCGCUUUUCCCCGGCUGCCGCCUGGCCCCGGUGGAUUAUGUGGUUGCCCACUUGUCUGGGCAAUUUGGCGAAGACUGGCUCCCACUCGAGGCUGCCAGUGCGACCGCGGCCCUGGCAUCGGCGGCGGCGGGGACCGCGCCAGCCGGGCUCGCGCCCGCCACUCCCCCCGGGCAGGGCACCAGCGCCGCCGGCGCGCGGCAGGCGCAGCGACUCCUGCUGAUCACGGCCCACCGGCGGCUGGCACACAUUGUCAACUCGCGGCUGGAUGUUCGCCAGGAGGCCGGCUCACGCAGCCUCAAUGUGGCCGCCCUCAUGACCCUGGACAACCAACUGGCGGCCAUGUGGGUGCUGUACAAUCUGUCCUUCCCCCGGCGGACCCUGGCCGCCGGGGUGGAUGUCGUUGGCGAGUGGGCCGAUCGGUGUGAGGCCCUCCUCGGCCGGGGGGUCGAUCGGCUGAUUCAGUCGCUCUGCCUGCGCCGCGAGGAUCGGGUCUCGGUGCCGGAAACACACUCCACCCUGCACGUGUGGCCGGUGCAGCUGGCCCAGGCCGAGGCCAAUGACCCCGGGGCACCGAAUGCCCGGCGGCCCGGAGCCCAGCCCGAGGACGCGCCCAUGGCCGACAUGGCCGAUGCCCUGGGAGCCGCGCUGCCUGGAGCCGGGGUCCAUGUGCCCUUCGAGGUGGACUUCAUCGACCGGGGGAUGCGCCACCGGAUGGACAUCCCCACCGCCGAUGGCCGCUAUGCCCACUGCCAUCCGCUACAUCGCGAAGAGUUCUUCGCGGUCUACAAGGAUCUCAUUGACAUGGGCCGCAAGGUGCUGGCCAAUUUGAAGACCAAGCGCGAGGAGUGACCCACCGCCGG